UUAUGGAAACAUACUCGAUCAAUUGCUUAUGAUAAAAACAAUACAUUUUAGCGGUAAAUGGAAUGAGCAUGAGUGUCCCGUAUGGAAAGGUGACCUUUAUCGUAAGUGGUGACAUGUUUGUCAAGAACUGCGACUCAGAGGCCCCUGAGAAUGAAAGAACAAUAUUUAGCAAGAUUUCUCUGGGAUAUGAUGUAAAAGUACCACAUUCUACUUUCUAGGUAAGGAAAAAAGUGACCCUGCAUCGGAUUGCUUCCAAUGGCUCUCCAACUUCUUUGGCUUUUAUCCACACGAAUAAUGAUUUUUGUUAGUUAAGUGGCCCCAAAGCUAUUCGGAUAAUUUAGGAUGCUGUGUUUACAUCGUGUUCAUCCGGGUGAGAGGGCAUCAAUCAACGCUGGAAGCUUCGAAAAUCAACAGUAUCGCAGGUGUUUGUUACAAAAGUGACUCAGACCAGCAGCAUGCUUACCUGUGGACAAGAGUGAGCCCCGUGGGUUGAGUGUGGACCCCCACGUCCUCCCUGCUCCUUCUCCUGCCUCGGUUCCCAUCACCUUCAGCCCUACUGUCCACAUGCAGGCCAAGAAGAGGUACCUGGUCGUGUCUCUAGGGGCCUGUCUUCUUCUGGUUGCCUACCUGUGGGGACUUCAGAUUGGGGAGUUCCAUCAUCAAAACCACCACCAGCACCUCUUCAGAGUCGCCCAGAGCCCCGGCUUCAGCCUGCUCAGACAGCGUUGGCCUGAGUGGACCCACCCGCUCAACACCUACCUGGAAGACGGAGAGCAGGAGGAGGACAGCCCUUUGCUCCACCACCAGCACACCUCUCCCAGGGAGAGGCGGGAGAUCCGCAACAACAUCUACAAGAGCAGGAGGUGCCGCAUGGACACAUGCUUCGACUUCAGCCGCUGCCAGAGGGGGUUCAAGGUGUACGUCUACCCCCUGCUGAAGGGGGAGACUGUGUCUGAGAGCUACCAGAAGAUCCUGACAGCUGUCGAGGAUUCCCGCUUCCACACCACAGACGUCAACGAGGCCUGUCUGUAUGUGCUGGGCAUUGACACUCUGGACCGGGACCAGCUGUCCAGCCAGUACAUUCACAAUGUCAAGGCUAAAGUACAGAGCCUUCCAACGUGGAAUGACGGGAGGAACCACCUCAUUUUCAACCUCUACUCUGGCACCUGGCCAUAUUACACAGAGGAGCUGGGCUUUGAUAUUGGCCAGGCCAUUUUGGCCAAAGCCAGCAUUGAUAUGGAUCAUUUUAGGCCACACUUUGAUGUGUCCAUUCCUUUGUUUUCAAAAGACCAUUCCCAAAAAGGAGGGGACAAGGGAUAUUUGACACUCAAAAAUGUCCCUCCAUCAAGGAAAUAUUUACUGGUUUUCAAAGGGAAGAGGUAUCUGACUGGUAUCGGUUCAGAAACCAGAAAUGCUUUAUAUCAUAUUCACAAUGGGGAAGAUAUCAUUCUAUUGACCACCUGCAAGCAUGGGAAGGACUGGGAAAAGCAUAAGGAUACAAGAUGUGACCGGGACAAUGAAGAAUACUCAAAGUUCGACUACCAGGAGCUGCUCCACAACUCAAGCUUCUGUCUGGUGCCCCGCGGUCGCAGGCUGGGUUCCUUUCGCUUUCUUGAGGCCCUCCAGGCUGCCUGUAUCCCUGUCAUACUGAGCAACGGCUGGGAGCUGCCUUUCUCUGAGAUCAUCGACUGGAGCAAAGCAGCUGUCAUCGGGGACGAGAGGCUCCUACUGCAGGUUUCUUCAAUUACCAGAUCUGUGGACCAUGACAAAAUAUUGGCGCUCAGGCAGCAGACUCAGUUCCUCUGGGAUGCGUAUUUUUCUUCGGUAGCAAAAAUAGUAUUAACUACAUUAGAGCUAAUCCAAGACAGAAUACAUUCACACGUAUCCAGGAACAAGUUGAUGUGGAAUUCGUUGCCGGGUGGACUGUACGUUCUGCCUCAGUUCUCCACGGACGCUGCAGUGUUCCCCUUCUACUACGCGUCUCUGGGGAAGAGCCCGUCCCAGGAGUUCACUGCUGUUAUCCAGGCCGUGACUCCUCUCCAGUCUCAGCUGCAGCCCGUAGUCAAGCUCAUCAUCGCUGUUGCCAAAUCCAAGUUCUGUGCACAGAUCAUUGUGCUGUGGAAUUGUGACAAGCCUUUACCUCCGAAGAGCAAGUGGCCCUCCACCACCGUGCCUGUCACUGUCAUUGAGGGAGAGAGAAAGACAAUGAGCAGUCGCUUUUCCCCCCAUGACGUCAUCCUCACAGAUGCUGUCCUCAGUCUGGACGAGGACUCCGUCUUGUCGACCAAUGAGGUUGACUUUGCCUUCAUUGUCUGGCACAGUUUCCCAGACCGGAUCGUGGGCUACCCAGCACGCAGCCAUUACUGGGACGGCAGCAAAUCGAGAUGGGGCUAUACCUCCAAGUGGACUAACCAGUACUCCAUGGUGCUCACAGGGGCUGCGUUCUAUCACAGGUACAGUAGCAUGGUGCUCACAGGGGCUGCGUUCUAUCACAGGUACAGUAGCAUGGUGCUCACAGGGGCUGCGUUCUAUCACAGGUACAGUAACAUGGUGCUCACAGGGGCUGCGUUCUAUCACAGGUACAGUAGCAUGGUGCUCACAGGGGCUGCGUUCUAUCACAGGUACAGUAACAUGGUGCUCACAGGGGCUGCGUUCUAUCACAGGUACAGUAGCAUGGUGCUCACAGGGGCUGCGUUCUAUCACAGGUACAGUAGCAUGGUGCUCACAGGGGCUGCGUUCUAUCACAGGUACAGUAACAUGGUGCUCACAGGGGCUGCGUUCUAUCACAGGUACAGUAACAUGGUGCUCACAGGGGCUGCGUUCUAUCACAGGUAUUAUCACUACUUGUACACUCACUACUUGCCAUCCAGCCUUCUCACCAUGGUGGACCAGAUGGCUAACUGUGAGGAUAUCCUGAUUAACUUCCUGGUGUCUGCUGUCACUAAGCUCCCACCAAUCAAAGUCACCCAGAAGAAGCAGUACAAGGAGACAAUGAUGCAGCAGGGUUCUAAGACGUCCCGCUGGGCCGACCCGGACCACUUUGCCCAGAGACAGACGUGUAUGAACUCGUUCAGCAGCUGGUUUGGGUACAUGCCCCUGCUACAUUCCCAGAUGAGACUGGACCCUGUGCUGUUCAAGGACCAGGUCUCCAUUCUGAGGAAGAAGUACAGGGACAUCGAGAGGCUGUGAACCCAACACACACUCAUACACACAGAAGAAACUUGAGUGGUGUGGGUUUGGGCCAAAUCUCCUUCCCAGCUGCAAGUGAAAAGAACUGCCUUUUUUGACCAGCCUGUUCAGUCAGUCAGACUGUCCGAACAAUAAGUGAAAUCUCUACAGAGUAAUUUAUGAUGAAAUAUGCAACACCGGGACCGUUAUCCAGAGGUAAUGAUCUUGGCUAUUGAAGAUGAUUCAUCUUCAAUGUCAGUGAGUUGGACUGUGUCGAUGUUGUCGUCAUUGUUGUCAAAAAAAAUAAUAUUGUGACUUUUCACACGCUUCAACACCAGACAGAUUGUCGUUGUCAAUUCCUUCUCUGACAGAGGAACCAGGAAGUGAGGUCACAAAAGCCUGCAAUGUGCACUCCUGUUUGGUUUCAGAUAUUUCUGUGGCAGUGUGAUCUUAAACAAAAAUGAACACAGUGCAUUGUGUUUGUCCUCCAUGACAUCUAUAAAGUUUUUCUCUAACAUUGCA